AUGGAGAACGGCAAGUGCUAUCUCGAAAAAGACGAUAUUGUCGUAAACAAAGACAAUGCAUCGAGGGGGAUAUAUGUGACUGGCUUCCCAUCGAAUACAACGGCGAGCGAGCUGGUGAUACAUUUCCAGAAACGUAAAAAUGGUGGCGGAGAUAUCGAAUGUCUUCAUAUUACAGAAGAGAGAUUCGCUGUCAUCAUUUUCGACGAUCCAUCAGUUGCUGAAUCUGUGGUAAAAAAAAGGCAGGUUCUCAGUCCUGAUAAUGUACCGCUGAAGGUUGACUCGUUGUCCGAGAAGGUGAAGAUUGAAACAGCAAACGCCCCUGAGAUCUUUCAACGAGUAACGGCUUGGAUCCACGAUGAAGUGUUAAGAAACCACACCCGUGAAGAAAUAAAACUUGCUCUCAACAAAGUCAAGGAAGAGACCGACAUCGACUUCCACGAUGCAAGUGAAAGCUUCGUACUUUCAGGGAAGUUCCAACAGGUAAAAAAAAGUGGAGAUUUGCUGAGUCAGUACUUGGAAAACUUUCAGAGAGAUUUUAGAUCGUUACUUCCUGAUGGGUUCCACAAGACAAAGAAGGUUGCAAAAGUUUCAGAUGCCACAUCAAAUGAGGCUGAUGAAACAGGAGAAACAGGCCCUGGAAAGGGCUCAGGAACCGGUAUUAACUUUGAAGACCAAGAAUGUGCAGAUAUGAAACCUCAACAGUACGAAACGACAGAAGAGUUUUUCCGUUUGUUUGUCAACGCACAUGGCAAAGAAUUGCAAGAUAUCGAAUAUGAUUAUGAAAUAAAAGUACACAGGUUUGCCACCGACAACAAAGUUACCGUUGAACCAACUAAACACUGCUCCACUGAAAAAUUCUUCGAGGGAUGCGAAGCUUUCAUCACUCUUUAUCAAAAUGUUCAUAAGUGCAUGAAGCUGGUAGAAUUUGCUCCCAGAGACCAACAGUCACCAGUACGUGUCAGGCAACGUAUCCAGACCGUGGGUAAGGCACAACCCUUAUCAAUUGAGGUUUGUAAAGACAAGAAACACUGGAAAGUCUAUGGUGAAGAAAUUUUUGUCGAGAAAUUUCUAACAGACCUCCAGAAAGAGGAUCUGAUUGAUCGGACAGCACAGGAAGCGGGGGCCUGGUGUAGGGAUGGAACAGAUGAGGAUGACGAGAACUUUGGAAAUGAAGAUCAGUUGGAACACAUUCUAGGUUCAGUUAAGCUUUCUGUUACUAAGGGUGACAUCACGGAUCAAAACGUCGAUGUGAUAGUGAAUGCAGCUAAUAGCAGACUCAGUCAUGGUGCCGGAGUAGCAGGGGCAAUCAUCGAUAAAGGGGGUAAUGGUAUUCAGAAAGAGUCGGAUAACUACAUCUCUCGCUAUGGACCCGUGAACGAUGGUGAAGUAGCCGUGACUGGGCCUGGCAAACUACCAUGUAGAAAAAUCAUCCAUGCGGUAGGUCCUAUGUGGAAAAGGUCAGAUGAAGAGAAAUGCAAGAGAGCUCUAAAAAUGGCUUGUUUAAAAAGUCUCGCGGUAGCCGCAAGCAACAAGAAGUGCAAGUCCAUUGCCUUUCCAGCGAUCAGCUCAGGACUCUUUGGCAUGCCGAAAGAGAUAAGCGCAAAGGUCAUGUUUGAAGCCGUGCAAGAAUAUAUCACGCGAGGAGAUCCAUCAAAGGCGAUUUUGACCGAUAUUAGAUUUGUGAUUAUCGAUGAUCCGACGGUGAAAGUGUUCAAGAAAGAAUUCAUUGAGUUCUUCCAAAUCCAAAAAGAUCAGUCUCUGGCUGCUGGCCCAACGGCCUCCAAACCUCCAAGGUCAAAAAGGGGGAAGAAGAACGGAAAAAAUGGGGCAAAUGAUGUGAAUGACCCUUUGACAUCACAUAGCGAUUCCUCUUCAAAGUCUUUUAGCGAUGCAGUGACAGGUAACAGACACGGGAACGCACCUAACAGAAAGGGUCCUCGAGAAGGACCGUCUCAAGAUUCUGCUUCUGGAGGUGCAAGUAAAGAUGACAUCUGCGUAAUUUGUAGGGAUGCGUUACAAAAUCCUAAAAAGUUAAAGUGUGGGCAUGUCUUUUGUACCAACUGUGUGGAGACUGCUUUGACUUAUGACAACCGAUGUCCAGUGUGUAAAGAACCGCAAGGUGUUGUGAAAGGAAAUCAACCUGACGGGCAAAUGCAUGUGUACCAUAGUCAAAGGUCUCUUCCAGGCUAUCGCGGUUGUGGAACAAUUACCAUAACCUACAGUUUUCCUUAUGGGACUCAAGGCCAGGAGCAUCCACACCCUGGCGAAAUGUACAGUGGUACCAGUCGUACCGCAUAUCUUCCUGAUAACCGAGAAGGGAAAGAGGUAUUGGCUCUUCUAAAGAGAGCCUUUGAUGCCCGAUUGGUGUUCACGGUGGGUACAUCAGUAACUUCUGGGUGGCGAAACCAGAUCACAUGGAAUGAUAUUCACCACAAGACUAAUAUAUCUGGAGGGCCUGAGGCGUAUGGUUAUCCGGACCCAGAUUAUCUCCGACGUGUUAAAGAAGACUUGGCAGCCAAGGGAAUUCGCUGAUCCUGAGUGAGUGACUCUCUAAUGUUGAAGAUACGUUUUGGCGCAACAUAAAGACUGUGAUAUUAUCACCUACUUGAGAAGAAAGGACUCCUCUCAUGUGGCUUUGAUAUCUAUACAUUAGGUAGUUAGGUUACAAAAAAAAACGAGAAUAAUAAAAAACAAAAAACAUUAAAACAGUAACAUCCCUAAUACACGAGUAUAUACCGGUAGGUGGUAUAACUGAAAGCAGCUACACAUGGAGGGGCGGAGUAUCAGAUUGGCUGAAAAUGUGGCCACUUUGAGAGUUAAGUAAGAGGCUACAUGAAACAGACAAUGCUCUUUACGGCUGUUUAAAACACUGUUUAGUGAUAUAUAACAUUAAAUUUAUCGGCUUAUUUCUUUCUUAGUUAAUUUUCCCGUAAGUUGUCGAGAGGGGUAUCUUUUGUUUUUUAGUUAUUGUUGAUUUUUUCUCUUCAUUGAGCUCUAAAUGAAAAUGCAUAAGGAAUCACGCCUUAUAUCCCAACUUUAGUAACAAUCCAAACCAGGUGAGGGCAGUGAGCUUAAUGUUGGUCAUUCUGGUUCUUGUUUCGACCCCAUAAUUUGACCGAUAGUGUAUACUUUCUGUUAAAUGAAGUCUUUGGGGGAUGGAAACAAUUAUAGAUGACCAGCUCCAGCGAAUAAGUGAGAUUGAAGAAGACUUUUUCUGUAUCGGUUUUCACAUUCACGGAAUUAGAAAUUCAGAAAUAAAUUUCUGUUUACUUUUAUUUUUUUUUAAUCAUAACAGCUAGUUUUUUCAAAGAUACCGUUUUUUAAUGGUUUGGGUUCCUAAUUUUACUUAAAGUUUUCACUUCGUUAUUUCCCAUUUCUUGCACAAAAUCUCAGGCACCUAGAGAACUGAAGAAUAAUUUUUAUAUUAGUAAAUAAUACUGCCGGAGUUGUUAAAUUUAAAUGGACCUGAAUAUUCAAAGGGUGGACAGCGAUCUCAAGAGAAUGUCUCUCAAUCCAGUGAAUGGAUUCCUCUGUUUUUAUCGGUCACGUACUUAUCCGUGGCAUCGCCUAUAAAACCUUUAACAACAGAGAUUGUGCCGCUGUAUUUUUGACAUGAAAGCAUAACUUGAAUAGUCGACUUUACGGGAUUAAAAUAAAUAUGUACUGAGUACUUUAA